GGAAGUGCCCUUGCCACAGAGGGAGCAGAGGGGCACCACGGUAGCUGCAGUGGAGUUCGUUAUCAGCUAGAAGAGCUGGCAGGCUAGUCUGGUCCAGGCCGGGUACAUUCCUGCUCUGAGCAGUAGGGUCCCACAGGAGUGGCCCACGCCACAGCCCCCAGGAUGCCCAGCAGAACUGUCCGCUACACCCGCUACAGCCCACAGCAGCGGCGCCGGCGGCUGCUGGCUGAUCGAAGUGUACACUUCCCUAAUGAUGUCCUGUUCCUAGACCACAUCCGCCAGGGCGACCUAGAGCAGGUGGGGCGCUUCCUCCGGGCUCAGAAAGUCACCCUGGACACCAUCCACCCCUCAGGCAUGGCCGCCCUGCAUGAAGCGGUGCUCUCUGGAAACCUGGAGUGUGUGAAGUUGUUGGUCAAAUAUGGGGCCGAUAUUCACCAGCGGGAUGAGACGGGCUGGACGCCCCUGCACAUUGCCUGCAGUGAUGGGUACCCUGACAUAGCCAGGUACCUCAUCUCCCUGGGGGCUGACAGAGACGCAGCCAACAAUGAUGGUGACCUGCCCUCGCACCUCAUUGACCCUGACUUCAAGGACCUAGUGGAGCUCUUCAAAGAUACUAAGAUGGACUGAGCCCAGCCCUGCCCUCCCAGGGCUCUCGCCCUCCCUGGAGAAGUCGGGCGCCCACCUCCCCCAGGUGCCAGGACAUGCCCCACUGGCGGGGCUGGGAGCCGGCAAAGACCUGGUACCUGGACAUAACCCCUGCCCUCACACCUCUGGCCUGGCUUUUUCUCCAGGUGAAUU